GUUGGUAUCUUCCACUCGCCAGCUGAUCGGCCUCGACUCCCGGUGCGGUCCGUCGGACUGUACGCGGCCGUUAAUUUCUUGAUUUUUGUCUAAAUUACAUCGAAUUCAUAGUAACGGCCGCUCGUGUCCGCGUCCUUUACUUAUUACGCUGCGUUUUCAGCUCGGGGAUUUCGUUGUAAAGGAUUUUUGAUCAAACGUCGAGUCGAGGAAUUCCCGCACAAGCACUAGGCCGCGAGCGGAUCCCCGGUGUUUCCUGGAGAGACCUACCGCCUUCACAUCGCCACCAUGGGGGACACAGGAAGCGAGCGCAGCAAGCCGCCUAGCAUUCCUCCCCGCUGCCCUUGUGGAUUUUGGGGGUAAGACGAUUCAUUUUACACGUCCAGCAAAACCAUGAACCUUUGCUCCAAAUGUUUUGCUGACAUACAGAAGAAACCACCAGAUGAAGACUGCACUCCAGAGCCCGCCCCCAGCUCAAGCAAUAGCCAAUCAGCAGUCUUCUGUAAUGAGACGAGCAGCAGCAGUAGCCAAACCCUGUCCUCCAAGCCAGCUAGCUCUGAUGAGCCCUCGACAGAAGCCACACCUCUUCCUGCACAGGACGAAGUCUCCAGUACAGACACAGCUCGAGGCACGCUAUCCACUCCUACAAAACGACCCUGCGACUCAGCCUCAGGUUCGGAGAGCGAGUCGUCUCCCGAGAAGCGUGUUCGUGUGGGAGAGGCCUCAUGUUCUGAAGAUUCUCCACGAGUUCCCAAGCAGAAGAACCGUCGGCGGUGCCAUCGCUGCCAAACCAAACUGGAGCUCGUACAACAGGAGCUGGGGUCCUGUCGCUGUGGUUAUGUGUUCUGCAUGUUGCACCGGUUGCCGGAGCAACACAACUGUAUGUUUGACCAUCUGGGCCGCGGCCGAGAGGAAGCUGUGCUGAAGAUGGUGAAACUGGACCGUAAGGUGGGCCGAACCUGCCAGCGCAUCGGAGAGGAGUGCUCUUGAACGCCCCCUGCACACACACACACACACACACACACACAUACUCUCUCUCACUCACAAACACACACACACCACACGACUCACCUGUUAGUGGCAUCUUUUUUCCCUCCCAACACAUCUCAGAGGACCUACACCCCUGCUUGACCUCUGACCCCUCAUUGUAGCCUCGUGCUCAUCACACACAGGCGACCCGCACAGCCUUAAUUUCUGUUAUCUGUCCAUCCACACACCCAAACGCAGGUCAGACUAAUUUGGCGGUCUGUACUUUGGAGUCUCAGAGGCUGCGAUCGACUCCAGGGGAAACACAUCGAUCGAUCGAGACCUCUGGGAUCCUCUACUCCGGAUGUUCUGAUGACAGACAGCGACCGAGGGAAGGGAGGGUGACUUGGAUCACACGAGUCACCCCGUCCCUGGACAACGCCAAAAAAGGCCGGCUCUGCCACGGCCCGUAGGCUCGAGCUCGAGCUGAGUCAGAGCCGUGCCGUUCACUGGCGUACACUCACACUCACAGAUGCACUUACAGCCGUGUUUUCAAACGCCGCUCAGCACGAGGGCCGAGGACAAGCCAGACGGUACCCUUUGGUUUGGGUUCGGUUGGGAAAGGGCCACCCACAGCUCAUCUGAGAACUAGUUCCUUCAGGUCUGAAUAAACACACUCUGUAACCUCGUACGACUCCCAUCAGCCCUUGCAUUAUACACUCUGCCUCUUUUAAAGCAGCUGAAGAUCUCGGUGGCUUUUUUUGCCCUUUUUUCUCGCUUCCUCUCCUUCAUUCUCACUAGUUCCUGUUCUUUCUCCUGCCUGCUCAUGCUAACCUUCUUUCAAUAUUCUCUUGAUUCGUUUUCUUUCUUUCUUUCUUUUUUUUCUUCCCUUCAUCAUUUGCAUUAUGGGAGGGGGAUGUGUUCAGCUCUGGUGGGAACGAGGAAGGCGGAGGUUCAAUUUACCCGCGCUUUUUUGUUUGUUUUAAUUAGUUUUUUUAUUAUUAUUACUUUGACUGGUUUUCUGUUGAGAUAUCGACAUGGACAGAACUGAAGAAAAGAGAUGAAUAUUGUGUAUCUUAAGAAAAAUCCUUAUUUAACCUCCUUUGUGUUUCUGGUUAACUCUCACUCUAAGCAUAGAGCUGCAUUACUUUGCCCUUUUUAGGUUAACAAAAAAAAAAAAAACAUACAAAAAAUGAAGAUAUGGAUAAGAUAAAGUCUUGUAGCCUUUCUUUUUUUUGUUUUCUUGUUUUCCUUUUUUUCCCUUUCAUCUUUUGCUGAAAAAGAAUAAAACUGGAUUAGAGGA